AUGCAUAAAGAAUUUCUGAAAUUCAACAAGACAAAUUUUAAAAUGGGCAAAAGAUUCAGCAGUCAUUUCAACAAAGAUACACGGAUGGGAAGUUGGUGCAUGAAAAGGAUGCUCCUCACCACAUCCUUAGGGAAAUACAAAUUUAUUCACAUCAAGAGGAUCCCGCCGGACGGCAGGCAAAGCUGCUGCGGGCGCAGGUGGAAAAGGGGGUGCGGGCACCAAGGAAACCCUCAGCGCCCGGGGCGAGCUGACCAGGACCGCGGAGAGCUGCGCUCACCUUCAGCGCCCAGUUCCUUCCUCCAGCGGCAAGGAGCCCAAGAUGGCGACGGCGGAGAGGCAGCGGCUGCGCGCCGCCUUUGUGAGCCCUCGGCGCGCCCGCCAGGCGCGUGCACAGCGCGGGCCGCCGCGUGCGGGGCACGAGGCCGCAGCUGUGGGGCCGCACGCGCCCUGCCUGCCCGAGGCCCGCGGCGCCCUGCAGGGCCCAGGGCUGGGGAAAGGCCGAGCUGCAGGUGGGCCGAGCUGCAGGAGGCCCUGUCUCUCGGGACCGCAGGGCCUGCGGAGCCUGCCACGGGGUGGGACACGGUGGGGCAGGGUCGCCCCACUUCGGUGGCUGAGCAAGCGCUGCAGACGCCCAGACAGUCCCGCCGAGUGUCUGCCCUGGCAAGAAACCCGGCUGCCCCGCGGAAACGAGUGAAAGACAGGAACAGCUGUGUGCAGAACGCUAAUCAGGGGUUUGUGCGCUUGUCCGUUACUGCGUUCCAUCCUGCCUCUCUGAUUUGGAGCUUCUCUAACUGGGGCUUGCAUGAGAUGAUGCUGCUGCGUGGUCAUCAUUCCUCCACCCCAGAGGCGUUUCGUAUGCAGGGAAAAGUCCCCAUCCGCAGGAAAGGGACCAGGACGUGGCGAGGAAAAUGUUUUCCAAUGUUUACUUGAGAUGCCCUUGGGGGAGAUGAGCUCCGCGCCACUAGAGGUCACAUGACUCAAGCCCAUUCUGCAGGCCUAACUUCAAUGUCGUUUCCUCCGAGAGGCCUC